CGCUCAGUGUAAUUACUCGGACACCAGCUUCACAUAUUUAUCGGACCUGAUCUUUAAUCACAGAAUUUUUGUGUGAUGAAUUAGUUCUACUACAAUGUACUCAGGACACAAUUCCCGUCUAAAAUAUAAUGAGCCGAGUGCUUGUGAGGUGUCAAACACACCACACCAUUCUUGGAAAAACUUGUACAAAAUUGAAGGUGAUCCUAUUGGACGUGGGUAUGCUGGGAAAGUUUACAGAGUUACUACUAACAACGCGGAGCUACUGGAUCCUUUAACAGCGACAAAAUCCGAAUUCACCACAGCAAUGUAUUCAAAAGGUGCAUAUAUUGAGCCCGGGGAAUACUUAGCCUGCAAGGUGAUUCGCAGAUUUCGCAGAGGAAGGGACACUAUUGCAAAAAUUACCUCUGAAGUAGAAGCUAUGGCCAUUUUGCAAAGGGAUCCUUUGAAUACGUGUUUGAACUCAUCUGAAAUGCCUUCUGCACCUUGUAAAAGAGCUCCUCCCAAAUCAGCCUCACCUAAACUAUUUGCAGUUUAUAAAGACUCAAUGGAAGUUGCCAUUGUCAUGGAGUAUGCCAAUGGUGGGUCGUUGUACAAUUUGUGUGAAUCAGCUUAUCCGUAUGACUUUACUGUUAGUUCCAGCAGUUCUGCUUGUGGUGAUUCGUCCAUCCCUGAUUCUAGUAUUUCUGAUUCACAUACAACAGUCCCACAGUUGGGAAAUCCUGAAUCAUUUUAUGGAUUGCCUGAAUCGUAUGUACGUCAGCUGUUAAUUGGCAUUCUUGAAGCUUUGGUCUACAUGCAUGACGUACUUAAAAUGGUUCACCUAGAUGUCAAGGCUGAAAAUCUUUUACUACGUCAACCGUAUCCAUCUACAGAUGUAUUUUUCAUAGAUUUUGGUUUAGCCACUAUAUUGACUGAAGGUAAACAACAUCGAGAGCUUUCAGGAACUCCUGAUUAUGUUGGUGAGUAGUGCAUUUGUCGUGUGUUUAUGUGUGCGUAUGUUUGUAUUUUCUCUCUCUACACUUUCACGAUUAUUUAAACGAUUAUACUGUGUGAAUUCUAUUUGAGCAUUCCGUUAAUUAAGACGAAAAAAUCUUUAAUACUUUUAGUGCUGUUGUUGUAUUCUUCUCCUUGAACUAGAUUGUUUUUUAAUCAUUC